CUUUCAUUCGCAACUUGUUGAACCUAUUGUAGUCUCAUCCUGAAUAAUAUUUGGCCGAUCACAAGAAUGGGCGAGGAUUGGAAAACUUUGGUCGCGAAGAAACGUGCCGAGGGAGCCAAAGCUAUACCUGAAGAAUGGCGGCUGGCUCCAAGCAUCCUAGAAUCAGUCAAUGCUGAUUCCGAUAUGAGCGUCCUGGACGUGCCUGCAAAGUGUGGCCUUCUCACGCCCAAGGAGCUCGAGAUCACGGAAAAUUAUGAUGCUGUCGAUCUGAUAGCCAAGAUGGCUGCGAAAGAGCUUUCCGCUGUUGAAGUCACUCAAGCCUUCUGCAAGAGAGCUGCUGUCGCCCAUCAAGUGACGAACUGCUUGACAGAAAUUUUCUUCGACAAGGCUCUUGAAAGAGCUAAAUAUCUCGACGAAUAUCUGGAGAGAGAAGGUAAGCCAAUCGGGCCGUUGCAUGGAAUGCCCAUAAGUUUGAAGGAUUCCUUCAACCUGAAGGGCACGUAUUCGACAAUCGGCUAUGUCUCUUUUAUCAACCGACCAGUGGCGGACUUCAACUCACCUUUGGUUGAUAUACUGCUUGAAAAUGGCGCCGUGCUUUAUGUCAAGACCAACCUUCCGCAAACAUUAAUGACAGCCGACUCCGAAAACAACGUCUUUGGCCGCGUGCUGAAUCCUCACAAGCUCAAACUCACUGCUGGGGGAAGUAGCGGCGGCGAAGGAGCCCUUGUCGGUAUGCGAGGCUCAAUUUUGGGUGUCGGGACAGACAUCGGGGGAUCCAUCCGAAUACCUGCCUUCUGUUGUGGAACAUACGGGUUUAAGCCAUCUGUUGAUCGCAUUCCUUUUGGCGGCCAGACGAAUCCGGUGCUGGAUGGCUGGACAGGCAUAAUGCCAGCGGCAGGACCUUUGGCGACGAGUACCCGCGACUUGCGACUGUUUCUGGAAUCCGUCAUCAAUUCGAAGCCGUGGAACUUUGACUAUACCGCACUUGCCAUGCCCUGGCAUCCUGUUGAAGAGAAAAAGGCCCUGACGAUUGGUGUUAUCCUCGAGUGUCCCACUUGGCUUGUCCAACCACCAAUCCUGCGAGCAUUGAAGACAGCCACGGAAAAGCUGAAGCAAGCCGGCCACAACAUUGUGAUGCUCGAAAAAUUUCCGUCGUUCAAAGAGGCCACAGAGUUGUCCUGGAGAUUCUUCGAUAUCGAUAAUGAGUGCACCGGAUUCAAACAUAUUGAAGCUUCGGGGGAGCCGUGGGUCACCUCGGUCAAGGACAUGUAUACACCGCCUCCUGAAGGCCGCCGCGACAAGAGUCUGGGUGACUUAUUCGACAUGAAUGAACAGCGUCUCAAAUUUCGAUCAGACUGGUUGAAGCUCUUUGUAGAGAACAAGUUGGACGUUAUUGUGGCACCAGGGUCGCAUAAGACCGCUGUACCCCAUGACACCUUCAGAAUGCCGCCGUAUACGGUGAUGUGGAAUCUCCUAGCGUACCCUGCCUGCAUUAUCCCAUAUCUCAAGGCGGACAAGAAUCUGGACCUCCCCGACCCCAGAAUUCCAGACUAUAUGCCGGAAGCCGUCGAUAAAGCGCCUUGUCAUAUUCAGGUCGUCGCUAGAUCUGAACAGGACGAAGAGCUAAUGGCUGCCGUGGAGCUGAUAUCGAAGGCUCUGGGCGCCUCUUAACACUGUAAAGUCCAAGGUCAGCAAAGUGUUGGCGUGGAUAAGGACCAGGGACCGAGUAGACCUUCUGGUGGUGAAGCGGUAUCAUGGCUUUGGAAAAGGGUGCUAAACCCCAGUGAGGGAUCUUUGUUCAACACAUAGCUGACUGGAUAAAUAAGAGACAAGACUCACUGUCUCGGUGAAAGAGUGUCCAAAUGGAAA